AUGGCUGCGUUUGGACCAGAAAGUGUUGCGUUCGUAACCGGUGCUGCAUCCGGAAUCGGGCUCGCCGUCGCCCGCCAACUCCUGCUCGACGGCGUCACCCAAAUAGCCGUCGUCGACAUUUCCAAUGAAAGUCUCACCACCGCUGCCACCGAUCUCCAAUCCUCAUCUCCCAAAGCCCAAAUCCUACAAAUUGCAGCAGACUGCAGUUCCGAAAGCGAGGUCGACGGCGCGGUGCAGAAGACUGUUGAGAAAUUCGGAAGACUGGAUGUGUGUUUCAAUGCGGCCGGAAUGGCAGGAGGGUUCAGUGGGAUCGCGGAUAUGGAUGUUGCUGACAUGGAUAAAGUUUUGGGGUUGAAUCUUAGGGGUGUUUGGUUGUGUGAGAGGGCGCAGAUCAGGCAGUUUUUGAAGCAGGAUGAGAGGGAUGUGAAUACCGGAUUACCGCUCAAAACUCGAGGCAGUAUCGUCAAUGUCGGAUCCCUCUGCUCUCAUUUCGCCAUUCCAACGCUCACUCCGUACAUCAUGGCCAAACACGGUGUUCUGGGCUUGACUAGAGCGGACGCCAUGGACUAUGCUACGCAUGGUGUUCGCGUAAAUUGCAUCUGUCCAGGCUGGAUCGCGACCAAGAUGACAAGUGCGCUUGUAGACGGCGAGAUGAUUGAUAUGGGCAAUAAGGUAAUCUCAAGAGCUCCAAUUAGUAGAUGGGGUUAUCCGCAGGAGGUAGCUUUCAUGGCCUGUUUCUUGCUUAGCGACAGAGCGAGUUUUGUGACGGGUUCGUCCAUUACUGUUGAUGGCGGGUAUAACGCUGUUUGA